UAAUUUUUAUAUUAUUAUAAGUGAAAUAAAAUUUUGGAGGCUCUAAAUUUGAAGCAUAAAGUAAAUGCUUUACAACCCUGCCCCACCACCCUCACCUGACCUCACACAACUUCCACGUUCAUUAUACCACUAACCCUGCCUCCCCACGUUCAUUUUUUUCUUAAAUAGCUUCAUUAUACCACAGCUUCAACCACAUAGCAAACUGAGAAUUCUCUUUAAGCUCUGAAUUUUCCACAUUGCUUCACUACACUAACAACAAUUAGCAAUAUCAAUUGAUUCUUGAGGAAGACAAAAAUGGGAUCAACUUUCUCCUACACUUCUCUUUGUUUCAUUGUGGUUACGAUUGUAUCUUUCGUUGUUGCUGCUGCUUCUGCUGAGGAAUUCAAAGUUGGUGAUGCUGUGGGUUGGCGUGAGCCUAGCGCGAACGAAACCGAUCUCUAUAAUCACUGGGCUUCGAAUAAGAAAUUUCACGUUGGUGAUAAACUCCGUUUUGAGUACCGGAACGACUCUGUCAUUAAAGUCCACAAAUGGGAAUUCUACCAUUGCAACAGAACUCAUCCGGUCUCCUCCGCUAAAGACGGCAACAGAACUUUUAAUCUGAACCGGGUCGGCCCGGUUUACUUCACCAGCGGCGAUCCAGAACACUGCAAAAAAGGCCAGCGUUUAUCCAUAGAAGUUCUUCCACUCCAUCCUAUCUCGCAAUCUCCACCACAACCACCGCCAAUUUCAGUGGCUCCGUCGCCGGCUCCGCUCUCUUACUCGUUGGCGGCGGCUUCGUCGGUUCCUGCGGCUGUUAUUUUAGCGGUGGUGGUUUCGGUUAUUGUUGCUGUGGCUGCUGCUUCAGCAUGACUCUCCGUUAUUGUCUUUUUAUAUUUCUAUUAAGAAUAUUUUAUUUUAGGUUUGUUGUUUUAGCUUGCUUAAUUUCAAGGAUUAUGGCUGUGUUAGGUUUAAUUUACAAUUUUCUAUUGAUUUAAUUUUCCAAAUUGGAUUUAUGGCUCAUUUUGAAUUUAUUAUGCAUGGA